GUUUUCAUGCUCACCGGCGGUAGCGCCACUUAGUCUCACGCACCGUUUUGCGGUUAGUACACUGGUCACGCUAACAUGGGUGUAAGUUUUUAUGUUAUUUGUAUGCCAAUUUCGUCUAUUUCUAUAGGUUCGUGGUAACAAGAAACACUUGAAGAGGUUAAAUGCUCCAAAGCACUGGAUGUUGGAUAAGCUGGGUGGCAAUUUCGCCCCCAGACCAAGCACAGGUCCUCACAAACUUCGAGAGUGUUUGCCCCUCAGUAUAUUCUUACGAAAUCGACUUAAAUAUGCACUGACCUAUUCAGAAUGUACAAAAAUCUUAGCUCAGCGUUUGAUUAAAGUCGAUGGAAGAGUCCGUACAGAUAAAAAAUACCCAGCAGGCUUCAUGGAUGUAAUCACCAUCGAGAAAACAAACGAACACUUCCGUCUGAUCUAUGAUGUUAAGGGCAGAUUUGCUAUUCAUCGUAUCCACCCUGACGAGGCGAAAUACAAGUUGUGCAAAGUGAGGAAAGUGCUUGUUGGUCAUGGGGGUGUGCCAUUCAUUGUUACACAUGAUGCCAGAACAAUCAGAUACCCAGACCCUAAUAUCAAACCUAAUGACACUAUUCAAGUGGAUAUUGCAACAGGAAAAGUGCUGAAUCACAUUAAAUUUGAGCCGGGCAAUAUCUGUAUGGUAACCGGCGGACGUAAUUUGGGACGUGUGGGGACCAUCACCCAAUGGGAACGCCAUCCUGGAUCUGUCGAAAUGGUUCACAUAAAUUUCAAUCAAAAGCAAACGACAAUCGAACUGGAUUUACUACUAGUGAUAUUACUUGACGGGAUUUGAAGACUGACAGAAAUAAAAUAACAAACUUAACGUAUUGAGUAAUGGUAACUCUUCUUCAGUGCAUUACAUGCUGACACUGAGAUGAAUGGUGUGCUGACCACGUGUAUGUAUACUGCGUCAAUGAGAAACACAAGAGGGAAAAAUGUAACGUAUGCCACAACAAAUUACGAAAGUGUCACCGACACAUUAAGAUCGACACAGUAUGCAAAGGAAAUUUUCAAGAAGAAUAAAAUUCCAGGUAAUAUGAUCUGCUGUUCUCAAAC